UUAUGCCCUUUUCCGGAUGCCCUUGGAGCAGCACUCAAAACUGACAUGCAAUUGGUAUACAAUUGACAGUUGUCGACAAGUUGCAAAUCAGCCGAAGCUUAAAUAAUAACACACUUGAAUUGAAAUGUCUUUUUGAUAAACAAUCGUGGAAAAAAUGCUCUCGAAUUAGUAUCGAAUGGGUUGUUCAUCGAAUAAAUGAUGGAUGAAUCGGUUGAAGUGGUCAUUUGUCACGAUAUCCUUGCAGUGCCUUGUGAAGAUUCCACCCGGUACGUCUGGGCUGCUACACAAACUUUCACAAUUAAACACCUGCACGGCGAGGGGGCGGCAUCGGAUACGAAUAACGUGGUGUCGGUUAAUGGGGACUCGGGCUUCUCUGACGGUGAAACGACAUCGACCACGGCUAGGCCGGAAGAUUACUCGAAUCCUACACCGAAUUGGAAUGCUGGCAUUCAGCACGGAUUGAAGCCAAACAAAGUUGUCACCGACCGCGCCGAUCGCAUGUCUCCAAGAGAUCUCGAAAGUGUUUCCUCGCAAACUGCUUACCAGGCCGAAUUGUCGAAUAAAGACGGAAACGGGUUCAUGUCCGCUUUCGCCUCGUUCGUGUCGGAGAACUACGAAACGGAAGAUCGAAGCAAACGGCCUCGAGUGUACAAUGAGAUUGAACCUGGGACUUUUUGUUGUGGAAUGUGCGACGAAGUCUUUGAAUCUUUGGACGAGAUGCAUACGCAUCGCAUCAACCACUUUGGUUACAGUUGGAAGCAUCGGUUACGGGCGUGUGGUUUCUGCGAUAUGGAGUUCACCAGUCUUGAGGAAUUCAGCGAUCAUUUGUACGCGUAUCAUCCGGAUAUGCAUGGAAAUGGACGCGUCAGAUACAAAGCAAACCGCAAAAAACCACGUAGAAACCACCAAGAGCCGAGCCACUCAUCGCUCACAUCUGAAUCAUCAAAUUUACCCUCGAAACCUGAAUUCUUUCCGGCGGAUUCAUUGGAAAAUACACAAAACCCUUCUCAAUCACUUAUCACCGCCGAACCAGAUCCGCAGAUUCAACAUCAAAUUUUUCCAACAACAAACAACGAUCGGUUAGCAUACGUUACUCCACCUAAUAAUUUAGUAAUCACUUCAUAGAAUAGAAUUGUGGCAUUACUGUAGAUCUGUAUUAAAGGAGCAAUCCUAUGUAGCGUUUUAAACACAAAUAGUCUGUGCUGCGAUCUCAUCUCCCCCGGUCGUACCUUCGACUGCACAUUGAAUCGAUUAGUAUAUGAAGUAUUUGCCUGAAGGACUAUUUUAAAGAAGUUUAAUGUCCGAUUAGAUGUCAACAUCCUAAAUUCGACACAGGUUAGAGUUGACUAUAAUGUGUGUCAUGAGCAGGAUAUAGGUUUAGAUUGUGUUUGGGGGCGUACAUAAGUGUAAGAUUGUUGGCUAGUAAACUACAUUUCCAAUAAAUAAAAUCGUUUCUGAGAAA